AUAGAGCGGUUGGCCUGGACGCUCUUCCGGGUUCUGGGAGGAGGGCCCAGACCUAAGCCCCGCCCCUCCGGGGCGGAGUCACGGCUCGCGACUGGCCUAAAUCGCCGCAGAACUGCCACGUGGGGAUGAGAUUUGCCUGGCGGGUAGCGGCGGCGGCUGCGGGAGGUCCCACCCACGUGAAGCCAACCUAACUGAGCUCUGGACUUUGGGAACAGUUGUCAGCGGCCUAGGCCGCAGGACACCAUGAAGCAGCUGCCAGUCUUGGAACCUGGAGACAAGCCCAGGAAAGCAACAUGGUACACCUUGACUCUCCCCGGAGACAGCCCCUGUGCUCGAGUUGGCCACAGCUGUUCAUAUUUACCCCCAGUUGGUAAUGCCAAGAGAGGGAAGGUCUUCAUUGUUGGCGGAGCAAAUCCAAACAGAAGCUUCUCAGACGUGCACGCCAUGGAUCUGGGAAAACACCAGUGGGACUUAGUUACCUGCAAGGGCCUCUUGCCCCGCUAUGAACAUGCUAGCUUCGUUCCCUCCUGCACAUCUGACCAUAUCUGGGUAUUUGGAGGUGCCAACCAAUCAGGAAAUCGAAAUUGUCUACAAGUCCUGAAUCCUGAAACCAGGAUGUGGACCACGCCAGAAGUGACCAGCCCCCCACCAUCCCCAAGAACAUUCCACACAUCAUCGGCAGCCAUUGGAAACCAGCUAUAUGUCUUUGGGGGCGGAGAGAGAGGUGCCCAGCCUGUGCAGGACACGAAGCUGCACGUAUUUGACGCAAAGACUCUGACCUGGUCACAGCCAGAGACACUUGGAAAUCCUCCAUCUCCCCGGCAUGGUCAUGUGAUGGUGGCAGCAGGGACAAAGCUCUUCAUCCAUGGAGGCUUGGCAGGGGACAAAUUCUAUGAUGAUCUCCACUGCAUUGAUAUAAGUAACAUGAAAUGGCAGAAGCUAAGUCCCACUGGGGCAGCUCCAGCAGGCUGUGCUGCCCACUCAGCUGUGGCUGUGGGAAAUCACCUGUACAUCUUUGGUGGAAUGACUCCUGCAGGAGCACUGGAUACAAUGUACCAGUAUCACACAGAAAAGCAGCAUUGGACCUUGCUUAAAUUUGAUUCUUUUCUACCCCCUGGACGACUGGACCAUUCCAUGUGUAUCAUUCCAUGGCCAGGGACGUGUGCUUCUGAGAAAGAAGAUUCCAACUCUCUCACUCUGAACCAUGAAGCUGAGAAAGGGGAUUCAGCUGACAACGUAAUGAGCCACAGUGGCGACUCACAUGAGGAAAGCCAGACUGAUACACUGCUCUGUUUGGUGUUUGGUGGGAUGAAUACAGAAGGGGAAAUCUAUGAUGAUUGUAUUGUGACUAUAGUUGACUAAUAAAACCCACAUUUUUAUUACCUGUCAGUUACUUUCAGAAUAGUUAAGUAAAACCUUAGCUAUUUUAUACCUCCAAAAUAUCUUCUGCAGUAUAUAUCUGUUUUUCUCCUACUUUGGUAGGUGAAGAAACUAAUACAAGUAAUUCUUAUGUGCCCUAAACCUUGCUAUAUUGCCUCUCA